UAGAAAAAUCCCAGUCCUUAUUGAUGAAGAUUUUACAAUUAAUGAAUCUCGCGCAAUUUGUAAUUACCUAACAUCCAAAUACCAAGGCAAACAUAAUGCUACAAUCUUGAUUCCUACUGAUGUUCAUAAAGCCAGAUUAGUCUUGCAAUGCAUUUCUUAUGAAUUAUUUUAUUAUAACCCACCGAUCUUCAAACUUAUACAGCAAGAAAUAGCCGCUAAAAAAUUUUAUAAUAAGGACCCAGACCAAGUUAUUAAGCAAGCUCGUGAAGAACUUGCUAAGGUUUUAGAUGUUUAUGAAAAGAUUUUGGAGGAAAAAGA